AUGUUGAACGGGCAGAACAACUACCAGACUGCCCCUCCCGGCGGCGGCGGGUUCCCCCUCGUGGGCUCCCACGGCAACAUGCAGGGCAUGCAGUACGGGAUGGGCCCCGGCCGGGGUCCCGGCGGGAUGCAGGGCGCGCCCCAGGCUCGGGGCCAGUUCAUGGGCGGCAUGCAGGGCGGCAUGCAGGGCGGCGGCAUGGGCAACCCGCCCGGUGUCUUCAACGCGCAGGCGCAGAUGAACGGCGGGCUCGGGCUCGGCGGUGCGCCCCCCGGCUUGGGCGGUUCCCCGGGUGGCGCGCGAGCCAGCAUGGACCGCACCGGCAGCGGCGGCCAGCUGCUCGCGCGCCAGGGCAGCAUGCCGGGCGCCGCGAACGGCGGGAUGAUGGGUCCCAACGCCGGCGCGGGGCCUCGCGGGAUGAUGGCCGGCGGCGGAUCCUUCGGCGGGGGCGGCGGCGGCGGCAUCCCGGGUCCGCGGGGAUCGGGGCCCGAUUUACUCGCCAUGAUCAACAAGGGCGGGGCGGGUUCACCCUUCGGCGCGCAGGGCGGCAUGGGCAUGGGCGGCAUGGGCGAGGACCAGACUCCGUUCGACAUGUCCGAGUUCCCCAGCCUCGGCGGCCCGCCACCCGGCGCGCGCGGUGGUUUGGGCGGGCAGCCCGGCGCGCAGGGCGCAUUCGGCGGCAUGGGCCCCGGGCAGGGCGGAGUCUUCGGCGGGAUGGACGGAAUGGGAUCGAUGGGCGACGGAUACGGCGCGAUGGCGCUGCAGAAGCCACACCCGGAGUUCACCAUCCAGAACGAGGACUUCCCCGCGCUUCCCGGCGCUCCCGGCGGGGGCGGCGGCGGCGGCGGGGGCGCGAGCAAAGGCGGCGGCGGACCCGCGCUGGGUCAGCCCGGCCCCUUUGCGCAGGGUCCCCAGGGCGGUAAGCUCGACCUCAACGGGCCGAUGGGCGGCGGCGCGCCGUACGAGUUUGGCGGCGGCAAGGGAUCGGGCGGCGGCAAGGGCGUCGGCGGCGGUCAGAUGGCCGCCGCGACGGACCGCUUCGGCCUCCUCGGGCUCCUCGGCGUCAUCCGAAUGUCCGACCCGGAUCUCACCACGCUCGCGCUCGGCACGGACCUCACCACCCUCGGCCUGAACCUCAACUCCCCGGAGCCCCUGUACAAGACGUUCGGGUCCCCGUGGGCGGACACCCCGCCGCGGCCCGAGGUUGAGCUCCUGUUGCCGGCGUGCUACAGCGUGCCAGUCGCGGGGGUGAGGCCGGCGGUGUUCCAAAAGUUUCAGCAGGAGACGCUCUUUUACGUCUUUUACUCCAUGCCUGGGGACGAAUCGCAGCUCUUCGCGGCUGACGAGCUGUGCGCCCGCGGGUGGGGUUUCCACAAGGAGCUGAAGGCUUGGAUCAUGCGCGUCGCGGGCACGGAGCCGGUGAUGAAGAGCGAGCGGGGCGAGCGGGGAUCGUUUUGGAUCUUCGACGUCAUGAGCUGGGAGCGGAUCCGAAAGGAUAACUUCAACCUGCAGUACGAUCAGCUCGAGGCGAGGCCCGAGACCGGCGACAAGGGCGCGGGAGGUAAGGAGACCAAGCCCCCGGCGGGCGGGCUCCUCACCGCAUCCGCGGGCAAGUGA